GUCAUGCAUAAAAAGUUUUGUGACACGUUGCAUCGACUAUUAAACGCACAUAUACACGCAUAUAUUAACUUACUUUUUGUUAACGUGGCAAUAUUAAUGCAAAUAUUUCUAAUUUAUAUUGCAAUUAAUUAUUAUUUGCUGACUUAUGAACAGUGUUGCGCUUAGAUAAUUUGAAAUAAUCUAGAUACAGAUUAGAUAAAACAUAUACGUAUGUAUCUCAGAUAAGAUGAAGAUAAUCCGAUUUGAUCAUAUCUAGUUAAAAGAUGAUUUAGUUGAGAUUUUUAUCUAGAUAAUUUUAAGAGAGAUAUUAAAGAAGUUAGGAAAUUAAAUAAUACAUCUCAAGAAAAUCUAUAGAAAAUAAUAGUUUUUCAAAUGUGCUAUCGGAUAAAUUGUUUCUUCGAGGUACAAUUAUUUGUUAUCCCGUACUGAAAAGUUACAUUCAGAAAGCGUACUCAUUAUCUUAGAUAAUUUACAAAAGAUACUACUUUUCUUAUCUGAGAUACAGAUAAAGAUGUCAUAUAUUUUAAUUAUUUAGAUAAAGAUAAAAUAAAACAAUUAUUACAUCUAGAUGAACAUCUAGAUAAUUUUAUCUACAUAAUGGAAAACACUGCUUAUGAACAUAUUUUUAGUCUGUUUUUUAAACUUAACGUGUUAUCUUUAUUGCGCGGUUUUCAUUAUAAACUUUUAGUUGCUUUGGAAAAAAGAUAAAAUGCAAAUAUAACAGUAUAAAAGCAAUGAGUUGUUGACUAUUUGUAAGCAGAUAGAACUACGGCAUACGACAACUAGCUUUCUAUAAAUCAAAAUAGAAAAUUAAUACAUAUCGGAUUAUCAAAGAGAACAACGAUCAGAUAAAGUAAUAAAAAUCCUCAGUUUUUAUAAAAAAUAUUGUACUAAUUGUGAACAUCAAUAUGCAUGUUCUUGUACAAAUAUUGUCAGUUAUUUUGAAAGUUCUCUAUUACAUCUGCGAAAGUGUAUACAGAUUGUUUGUUUCGGCGGAAAAGAAAAACGUAGCUGGCGAAAUCGUUUUGGUAACAGGCGCAGGUCGUGGAAUCGGUAGGGAAUUAGCAAUUGGUUAUGCAUCUUUAGGAGCAACAGUAGUAUGUUGGGACAUUGAUAAGGAAGCUAACGAACAAACAAUGAAUAUAAUUACAAAAACAGGAGGAUCUGCAUAUGCAUAUCAAUGCGACGUAUCUGAUAGAAAAGAUGUUUUUAAAGUAGCCGAAAUAGUGAAGAAAGAAGUGGGCGAUAUCACCAUUUUGAUCAACAAUGCCGGUAUUGGAGAAUUUUCAACAUUUCUAGAUCACGUUCCUGACAAUAUUGUACGAAUUGUAGACAUCAAUUUUAUGGCGCAUUAUUGGACAUUAAAAGCAUUUUUACCAAAAAUGGUCGAAAAGAAUCACGGUCAUAUAGUAGCUCUUUCAUCAGUAUUCGGUUUAUUCGGCAAUAAUGAAGUAUCGACUUACAGUUCUACAAAAUUUGCCAUAAGAGGACUUAUGGAAAGUCUUAGACUUGAAUUGUACACGCAUAGCAAUGGCAACUCUUUGAUUAAAUUUACUACAAUAUAUCCAAGUUUAAUUGUUACUAGAAUGACUACAGCGUUGAUAGAAAGAAUAAAAUAUAAUAAAUUAUGGCAAUGGAAACAGCUCUCACCAAAAGACGCAGCUUUGGCAAUAAUUGAUGCUCAGAGACAAAAUAUUGUAGAAAAAAGUAUACCUUCACUGUGGUUGCCAAUAGUAACUAUACUACGUAUUCUACCCGACAAAGCAUUUUUCUGCUUGCACGAGUUGAUUUUUAGUGUACCUAUGUGCAAAACAUCUAUGUAAUAUGUAUAUAAUAUUUUUUUUCUUUGCGAAUAUUUCUUUGCAUUAUUUAUUUCGUGCAUUCUUGUGCAAACUAGUUCACGAAUAAUGUUGAUUUUCAAAGCGUUAAUAAAAAGUCAAAAAUAUAAAUGCACAAUAUAUAACGCACACGUUGUACGUGUGAGAGUAUUACACAACUGUAAUAAAUGAUAUCCCAUUUCCGCAUAGAGAAACAUUUGUAUCUAUAUAUCAGUUUCACAUAUGCUUGAAAACGUGAUGAGAGAGGGAGAGAGAGAGAUAGAAAGCACGCAUGACCACACACUACUGACGCAUAAUUGGAUGGCUCGCUGAUUCUUCAGUUUCUACGCGAUCGAUCGACGGCGAGAUUAAAACUUGCAAUUAAUUAAAGGUAAAAUUUGCUUCGCGCACAAAACAAACACGAUAAACGGCGAAGCCGUGUGCAGUCUACGGGGAAAUAACAGAGUCUCGGGCCGGGCUAGUUUAAAUUAACGAGUAACUUUGCGCGGAGAAUUUUCGCGAAUUAUAGCGCGUUUAUUCUGAAUACGGAGUGGUGGGAGAACCCAGUCGUCGGACAAAGACUUUGUUCGACAAAGACUGGCAGAUGUGAGAACGUAGGAUCAAAAAGGGUAAUUCCUAGUUAUUCGACGACUGUGGCACAAAACACACGGAGAAUAGCGAAUCGAUAAAAGUAAAAUCACGCCGACGAAGGUGCACUGCGGCAAUCGUUCGCCUUAUUCGUUUCGCUUUCUCUCUGUUUGAUUCAACUUCUUCUUCUCUUUUCUCUGCACGUUGCCUUUCUUCUCUC